ACCGACACAACAGUAUCAUCGGAACUACCAUUUAUCUCCAGCCAGGGAAUGACAAGAUGAAGAACGCACGAAAUACGCCGGGCUAUAGAGCUGACUGCGCGGAGAUAGCACGAAUGCCAUGUCAUGGAAACAGGGUGUCAAUCCCGACGAUAUUCGCUGAUCGAUGAACCCACACAAAUAGAGAGUAGACCAGGAGUAUAAAAUCAAUCAUAGACGGCGCAUGUAAACAUAUCGCACAUCAAGAAACACAAUCGCAGCAGUCAUGCAUCUUAUCCUCACUGGCGCAACGGGCCUUGUUGGCGCAUCCGUCCUCCACAACAUGCUUGCGCAAGAGAGCAUCAGUCGCAUAUCGAUCCUUAGCAGACGACCAGUCAAGAUGGCAGAAGGGCACGAGAAAGCCAAGGUCAUCAUUCAUAAGGACUUCAACAAGUACGACCAGACGCUCCUGGAUGAACUCAAGGAUGCUCAUGGCUGUGUUUGGGCACUGGGUGUAUCCCAGAACGCCGUCAACAAAGAACAGUACUUUGACAUCACCCACGACUAUCCUCUCGCCGCCGCACACGCCUUCUCUACGCUCCACCCCGAAUCACCAUUUACAUUCGUCCAUGUCUCCGGCGAAGGGGCUACACAGACACCAGGAACUUUCACGCCUCUGUUCGGCCGAGUCAAGGGGCAGAUUGAGUCUGCGCUGGUUGAGUUCGGCAAGCAAAAUACCAUGUUCAAGGUAUUUAAUGUGAGACCGGCCGGAGUGGACGAGGGACAACAACCGGAAAUCCAUCCAUUCAUACCAAAACAACCAAUGUACAAAACACCCUUGUUGGCCUCGUUGAGACCUUUCUUCAAGAGCUACUUGACGCCAACUAGGGAAAUGGGCAAAGUCAUGACCGAGCUGGCCAUGUCCAAGGGCGAGCCGUUGGAUGGUAAAGACAUUGCCAUGGGGGGACGACUGGUACCGAAUGUAGCGAUUCGGCGCAUGGCUGGACUAUAA